AUGAUGGUGUUCGCGCAAGUGGCAUCGUUCCGUAUCGACAGUUGGAUUUUGUUGUGGAGCAAUCUUGUGCCCAUCUGUUCUUUCACCCUCAUCUGUUUUCUUUGCUCAAGUAAAAUUCAGCUGACGUUUGCUAAGGUGCUCAGCAUCGCCUAUGCAUUCGUGAUGAUGGCUGUGCUAGUCGGCACCGGCAUCCAGAUCACUACUGAGGGCGUCGGCAGCCCUACAUCGGUGUUCGUGCUGGCGCUGAGCGGUGUGUUCUUCGCUGCCGCCUUUCUACACCCCCGUGAGCUGCACAACAUUUUCUAUGGGGCCGUGUUCUUCCUGAUGAUCCCCUGCACAUAUGUAGUUAUGGCGCUCUACUCGCUGAUUAAUCUGCACGUAAUCAACUGGGGUACUCGUGAAGCGGCCGAAAAGGCAGUGGGCGGCCAGACAACCGAACCUAAGUACAAAAUCUGGUUGCGCAAACUCCGCCUCUACCCAUCGUAUCCUUCGUCGUUGUCUCUUUGCAAACAAGAGAACAGCAACAACGACGAAUCAGUGUGGAGGAUAUGGUCUCACAAACGACGAACAUUCGACAGUGACUCCUUGCGGAAGCUGUGUGAGCAAAUCCAAGCGAUAGACAGAAAGCUAGACCGGAUAGAAGACCGUGUAGAUAACCUGAAAUCUCGUCGUUUAAUGAGUCUCCGCUCAACAGUGUUGUCUGAUCAUCAUCAGACUAGCAUCGAUGAAUCAGAUCAGACAGAGAGCAGUAUUGCGUCCGUAUCACAGACUGUUGAGUCUCCAAAGGACGCCGCUACCACGAACAAGCGUUCAGCUCCAGAAAUCAAGAUCAUUGAAGCUACGCCGCUCUCCAAUCGGCUUGGCGGUACUUCAAAAGGUGGUUCAUCAGGGAGAAAAUCUGCUUAUUCCUCCCCCUCCAUCGGCGGCACGCAGCCGCUCAAAGAAAUGCGACCGAUCGAUCCUCGAAAGUAUGACACAAAGUUAGGACAGAAACAGCUGUUUCACCAAAACCUGAUGUCCGAAGAGUUCGACGAUGGUGGCAGCGAAACAUCGAUGGACAGUUUCUCUGAUACCAGCCACUUUAGUGGGCGAAGGAAAGGUAUUCAUCGUCAGAAGUGGAUGGACAUGCCCCCUUUUGCAGGUGGUCAGUGCGAAGAGCUAGAAGACACUGAAAGUCAGUUUUGGAUCGACUUCUUAGAAAACUAUUUAAAGCCAAUCAAAAGAAGCAGCGAAGAAGAGAAGAACAUUCUGGCCGGUUUGCGAAGCCUGCGGAACAACAUCGCUCUUGGACUGCUGCUAGUCAACGGUCUCCUGAUUCUGAUCAUCUACCUGUUACAGUUGAACAAAGAACUGUUGUCGAUCAAGUGGAGUGUGACAGGUACAUCUGCGAUGGAAAUGCGAUGUCGUACAGGUUUAGCUAACUACACGAUCAUCAAGUGGGACAGUGACACACGCAAAUACGAACAGGUGCAGGAACCGUUGAAGGUGGAGCCGAUCGGUUUCACGAUCAUUCUCUUCUUGUCGUUGAUUCUCAUCGUCCAGACGUCCGGAAUGUUGCUGCAUCGUUGGCAGACUAUACAACACGUACUUGCCAGCACUGUGCUGACCUGCUUCGAAAAAGGGCGUACCAGCCGGCUACACACAAGCGCUGUGCUUCAAGAAAAUGCAGUCGAAAUAGCAAAGGUCCUGCAGAAGCUACAUGAUUAUGAGCAUACGGACAUGGACUUCGGCCAUAAAUACAAAAAUAAAGGUCACAACAUCGUACUGAAGCUGGAGAAGACUCUGAGACAAACGAAAAAGCCUAAAAAGUUGCAUGCCGCCUUCAAAACCAGGUUCCUAAAUUUCACACUCGACAAACAUAAGCGACUGAAAGGUAAACAAAAAUUACGUGGUAUGGACGACAAAAUCACGAGGAAGCUUUUAGGCAUCCACUUUGGACAAAACAUUCACAUAACGAAUAGAAAGGCGGCUCAGAUCGCUGCAGAAGAGGCGUUGCGGUUGUGCCGUAGCGAGAUGAUGAAAGAUGCGGACGCUGAAAGAGCUAGCGUUAUCGGAUCAUCACCUUUAGAUCCUGCAGACGACAUUGACAGGGCAGCGUCGAAACUGCUCCACCGGACAUCGGCUUUUUAUGAACACAACCGAACCCCAAAAAGUGCUAUCUCACAACCUUGCCCAGAAACAAGCUUUACGCCUGCGUACCUGAAUGAAUUCGAGGAAGACAUGAAAGAGCCGAUUCAGUCGACGGUGUAA